CUGUCAACUAGACUCUUGAACGUCAGAGUGAGAGUUGUUUGUUUCCAUCUCGGUUCAGGAGUGGAUUGUUGUCUCAGGUGGUCUUAUAGGUAUAUCAAAGUGGUAACAUUUUGUUAUUGUGUAAUUUGAGAAGUAGAUUAGUUCUUUGAAUUGUUGUCACUGGGCUGGGUCAAGCAAAUCUACGAAUGCGUUGUGUCACAUGAGAAGGAGAGGAGAAUUUGUCAUUUUGACAGACACGAGCCUGCCUACAGGAGGGGCAGUGAGGAAGAGUCAAAGUGGCACUCCUGACUGGGGGACGAAGUGCAGUUCCUGUGUAUUGGAGAAAUCCACACGAAAGACGAGCCUGACUAUGAUCGAGUCAUCCUGGGAUGCAUCAUUUACGACGGAAUAACAUUAGGAAGUUCUGUUUAUCAAUACUGCAACGGGAUUCUUUUAACGGCAUAUAAACACCCCUUUCCCUGUACAACGGCGAUUUUUCUAUCGGAAGGAUAGUGGUAUUUUUUCUACAUUCCAAAUAGUAAAGAUCACGAGCGAUGUGAGCCGUAGAAGAUCGAGCAGCUAUGAAGAAUGCGGAGAACUGACCUCUGUAAAAGGCAAAACAGCCUAUGCUGUGGAAGCCCACCACGGAUCAGGCAGAAUGGCAUCAAACGAAAGAUUGUACGAGGUGUGGAUGCUGUAUUGCAACAAGAGGGAUCCAGACUACCUGAAGCUGUGGCUGGAGACCUUCAUCAGCUCCUAUGAGAGAUGCCUGGACGUGGACUUCGAGAAGCCACCUUCCAGGCUGGAAGAGGUGCCUCCAGUGAUGACCCUGCUCCCAGACAACAUCCUGCAAGUGCUGCGUCACCAGCUGCUGCAGUGUGUCCAGAAGGCCUCCGACGGCCUGGAGCCAGAGCAGCAGAACCUGGCCCUGCUCCUGGUCAAGUUCCUCAUCGUGAUCUGCAGGAACCUGUCCAAUGUAGAGGAGGUCGGCACCUGCUCCUACAUCAACCACGUCAUCACCAUGACGACGCUCUACAUCCAGCAGCUCAAGAGCAGGACCAAGGAGAAGGAGAUGGCUGACCAGACCCAGGCUGAGGAGUUUGUCCGCCACGCCCUGGCCUUCUGUGAGAGCCUCUACGACCCCUACCGCAACUGGAGGCACCGCACCCUCGGGGUGCAGCGGAGCGCGGUGGAGAAGAGCAGGCAGAAACACAAGGCAGCUCCGCUCACUGUGGAGUUUGUCCCCUUUUUCUACCAGUGCUUCCAAGAGAGCGAGCACCUGAAGGAUAGUCUGAAAUGCUGCUUGCUCCACCUGUUUGGGGCCAUCGUAGCAGGAGGACAGCACAACGCCCUUCUGGCCAUCUCCCCGGCGACCAUGGAGGUGCUCCUGCGCGUGCUCGGCGACUGCGAGGGCGGCGCGGGCGACGGCGAGGACUGGGACAGCGAGGCGCCCGACAGGAAGGCCCUGCUGACGCUGGGCUGCCUGAGGGAGGUGGUCCACAGCCUGCUGGCCAGCAGCUCGGACCAGCGGCAGGUGGAGAUCGGCUCGGUGCUGGAGAACUACUUCAAGCUGCUGAACUCGGACCCGGCCGCCGCCCUGCAGGGCAAGGGUCGCGCGCCGGGCCGCCACUGGGAGAGCCGCUUCGUGGCGCUGCAGGUGCACAUGCUGGACACCAUCAGGGACAUGUUCUUGUGUUCAGACAGACCGGUCCUCCAGGCCAUCUUCCUCAACAGCAACUGCUUCGAGCACCUGACCCGACUCCUGCAGAACAGCAAGCUGGUUAAUGCUAGAUGCACAGGAGCAGACAAGGACCAGAAAGAUAUAACCAACAGGUUACUGACAGGAGAAAGUGACACUCAGGUGUUCCAGGGGAGAUUGGACUCACUUGCCGUGGCAACCAUCAAAGCCCUGACAACGGUGAUGCAUAAAUCACCAGCUGCAAAGGAGGUGUUCAAGGAGAGGAUUGGAUAUACUCACCUCUACGAGGUGCUGGUCUCUCUGGGACAGCCGUCCAGACACCUGCUGAAGGAACUGAUGAACAUGGCCGUGGAGGGAGAGCACACGUCGGUGGGCAUCCUGGGCAUCAGCAACGUGGAGCCCCUGCUCCUGCUCAUCCAGUGGCUGCCCGAGAUGGACUCGGCCGAGCUGCAGGUCUUCACCUCCGACUGGCUCCGCCGCCUGUGCUGCAUCAACCGGCAGACGCGCGCCACCUGCGUCAACGCCGCCAUGGCGGUGCGCGUGCUGGCCACCCUGGAGCACCACGGCAGGCUGCACCGGGCCUGCGCCGAGAGCCUGGUGGGGCUGCUGGGGGCCCUGGGGAGCCAGUCCCUGGGCGGGGGGGAGCUGCUGCAGCUGCUCCGCCUGCUGAGGCCCCAGGAGGCCGGGCAGGCCCACCCCUACGUGGGGCCGGUGCUGAGGGCCAUCCUGGGCAUGGUGCGGAAACAGGGCCUGGAGAGCGCCAUGCAGUAUUUCGACCUGUCGCCCAGCAUGGCUGGCGUCGCCGUGCCGACCAUCCUGCGCUGGCCCGGCUACGCCUUCAGCUUCCUGGCCUGGCUGUCGUUGGACCAGGACCAGCAGGGCCCGCCCGGCAAAGGAGACAAGAGGAAACAGUUGUAUAGCUUCUUCACCCCAGGAGGGACCGGGUUCGAGGCCUUCAUCAGCUCAGCGGGGGGUCUGGUGGUGGCGGUGUGCACCAAGAAGGAGUACGUCACCGUCAUGCUGCCAGACUACAGCUUCUGCGACUCGCUCUGGCACAGUAUAGGUGUGGUCCACGUGCCAGGGAAGAGGCCGUUCGGCCAGAGUCUGGUGUACAUCUACGUGGACGGGCAGCAGAAGCUGUCUGCUCCUCUCAAGUACCCCAACAUGACGGAGCCUUUCACCUCCUGCUGCAUCGGCUCGGCCGGCCACAGGACCACCACGCCGCCCCCCUCCCAGAUCCCCGACCCGCCCUUCUCGGCCGCCCCGCCGUCCGGGCGCUCCUCCCUGGGGGGGAUCCUGUCGUCUCAGGGCUGGGGGGGCCUGCUGGGGAGCAAGCCCGAGUCCGUCACCAAGCUGAUCUCGGCGGGGACCCAGGACAGCGAGUGGGGCAGCCCCACCUCCCUGCAGGGUCAGCUGGGCAGCGUCAUGGUGUUCCACGAGCAGCUGCAGCCCAGCCACGUCAAGGCUCUCUGUAGCACCGGUCCCAAUUGCAUUUCUCCUUUCAAAACCCUGGAGGCGGAGCUUGGAGACCUCUCCACCAAACUCCUGCUGCACUACUCCCCAAAGGCCUGCAGGAACCCCAUCUGUCUGGACCUGUCCCCUAACUUGCUGCACGGGCGCCUCACGGGGAACAAGGUCGUCAACUGGGACAUCAAGGACGUGAUCAACUCGGUCGGGGGUGUACCCGUCCUCUUCCCCAUCCUGGAGCAGCUCACCCUGCUGACGCCCGAGAACCACGCCGAGCCCUCGGGGUCAGAGUUCGUCACCCCUGACCUGGCCACCCCCGUCGACGGGGACUGGGUUAUCCUGCCUUCCAACAGGGCCUCCGAGGCUCGUCUGGAGAAGAACCUGGUGGCCACCUUCCUGUUGGUGCUUAAGCACUUCCUGCAGAGACACCCCAUCAACCAGGAGAGUCUGCUGCACUCCCAUGGUGUGGUCACCCUGGGAGCCCUGCUGCACAAGAUGCCUGCCAGCCAGGUGGAUGUGAGUGUUCUGGUGGCUGCCCAGCUCCUGGUGGAGCAGGUGACCUAUGAGAAGAACCAGCAGCUCCUCCAGCAGCUCCACACACACCUGCUGUUCAACUUCAGCAUCUGGAACCAGGGCGACUUCCCCCUGCGCAUAGGUCACAUCCAGUACAUGUCCACCGUCAUCAAAGACAACAGGAAGCAGUUCAGGAAAAAAUAUGGAGUUCAAUUCCUGCUGGACACCAUUCGUCUCUUUUACGGUAGGUGUAGCAGCAAGGGCGAGGGCGACCUGACGGAGGACGACGCCCGCACCAUCCGGGCGUCGCUCUGCGGACUCCUCAAGUACUACAUCAGCAAGGGCAUGACCCAGGAGGAGAUGCACAGCAUCCUGGGAUACAUCGCCGCCAUCGGAGACGAGGAGCAGCUGUGCGGGGUGUUGGAGCUGCUGCUCAGCCUGCUCCACAGCAGUGCGGCCCGGGACCAGCUCUUCCUGCUGCUGUUUGAGCCCGGAGCAGCCGACUCCUGCUACGCCCUGCUGCUCAACAACAAACACUCGGACCGCCUCCGCGAGCUCGUCUUCAAGCUGUUUGAGCGCAUGCUGCGGUGUGACCGCGUGUACGAGAAGAGCAAGCAGAGGCUGAGGCUGAGGGAGGUGGGUUACUCGGGCCUCACCCUGCUGUUCUCGGACCUCCACGUCACCCCCACCCUGGUCCGCUCCCUGCUCAACCAGGUGCUGCACACCGAUCUCGCAGUGAACUACAAGGACCUGAUGGCGCUGGUCCAGCUGACACACCGGGCUGGACCCAGCGUACGCCUGCUCAUAUGCAAGAGGCUAUACCAGCUCCUCCAGUCCCAGCAGGACGCGGCGCUUCAGAUCUCCAAGCAGCUGUGCUGGCAGGAGACCCUGAUGAAGCUGUUCCUCAGGAGCCCCGGUGCCGACGGGGGGGCGGGCCGCGGCGACACAGCCAGCGCCUGCAGCCUGGACCUCAGCCGGGGCUCCAGCCAGCGCCUGGAGCUGCCCCCGGAGAGGAGGGGCCGGCCCAGCAGCCCCAGCAGGCUGGACGAUGACCGCCUCAACAUCGGGGACAACCGCUCCCUCGACAGCCUGGAAAACGGAGACCUCGUCUCUCUCCUGGACACCCCCGGGGACACCCAGCUCCCCAAGCCCUGGGCCGGGCCGGGCAAAGCCGGGGGCUUGAGUUUGGACCUGUCCCACGUGCAGGCCUACGAGCAGGGGGACAGCGGCAGCCAGACCCCUGGGAGUAUGCCCAGCACGCCGUCCCCGCUGGAGACGGCCAAGCCCUUCCCAGGGGGCCCGGUGGAGCGCGAGGCCUCGUCCUCCUUGACGGAGGACAGCUUCCUGUUCAGCGACGACAUGUCUCUGGGAGAGUCGUUCAGCUGCGCGGAGAGGCUGGAGGAGGAGCUGUCCCGGAUGCUGCUGGAGAUCGUGCUGUGCGUGAUGUGGCGCGGCGUGGAGGGCUCGGACGACUCGGCGUGGGUGGAGAGGGGCCAGGUGUUCUCCGCCCUCACCAAGCUGGGCACCGCCAACGAGCUGCUGCUGCCCGUCGACCACAUCAAGCUCAGCCUGAUGGAGAGAAUGCUGGAGUGGGCGGUGAGCGACAACCGCGAGGCCACGGCCGCCAUGCUGCCCCAGCACACGGAGAACGCCGUGCGCCUGCUGCACGUGGUGCAGGACUUCCUGCAGGCCGAGGGCCUCGUCAACCCCUCCCUGUGGACGGAGAAGGUCCUGGAGGAGACGGUCACGCUCAUGGACAGCCUGAUGGUGUGGUACUCGUCGGGCAGCCAGUGGCUGCAGCUCUCCCAGGUGGGGCUCCGUCUGCUGCUGGGCUUCAUGGCCCAGGAGGACCCCCAGGUGUGCGCCCUGGCCACGGCCAAGCUGAACGGCAUCCUCCAGACCAAGCCGGUGGAGACCCAGGACGAGGCGUGCCACCUGCUGGGCCGCGUGGAGGGCAUCCUGCGGCGCGCGGUGGCCGGGGAGCAGACGGACGACACCUACUCCUUCCUGGUGCCCCUGCUGCGCACGUUGCUGUCCAAGGUGCGCAAGCUGCUGUACAUGGAGCUGCACCUGCCCUCGCUGCCCGACACCGACGGCAGCCCGUCCUUCUUCGAGGACUUCCAGCUGUACUGCAACUCGCCCGAGUGGAGGGUCUACCUGGACAAAUACAUCAUCCCCUACAUGAAGCAGUACGAGAUCGAGACCUUCAGCCACGGCCACGAGAACAUGGCUCUCUUCUGGAAGGAGUGCUACGAGGCCUUCAUGGUCAACCUGCACAGGAGGGAACGGGAGAGGGGAGAGAGCAAGAUCCGCUUCCAGGAGCAGUUCGUGGAGCCGUUCUCUCGCCGCGGCCGCCAGGAGAACCUGCGCUACAACAGCAUGCUGAAACAGCUGCACAGCCAGCACGGCGCCACCCUGAGGCAGUGGAAGGCAGCGCGCCGCAGCCUGCUGUGUGAGAGAGGACCCUGGGCGGACAGGCAACAGAGUGAGAUGCACUGGAGGUUAUCCAGUGCUGAGAACUACUCCCGCAUGAGACUCAAGCUGAUCCGCAACUACAACUUUGACCAGCACCGAGAUGCCAGCGCCCUCCGAGACAACCUAGGCGUCCAGCAGCAGCGCGUCAACCCCCAGUCCCUGCUGCUGGAGGCGGCCAAGCAGGUGAAGGUCAGCGACCUGGAGGACGACAUCCUGGAGCUACCCGAGGACGACGCCUCCGGGAACAACAACCAGGGGGAGGCGGAGGAGGCGGGUCAGAAGGAGAAGAUGGUCCUGUUUGAGGACUGUGAGCUGGUGACGGUGGUGGACGUGAUCCCUGGCCGCCUGGAGCUCACCACCCAGCACAUCUACUUCUACGACAGCAGCCAGGAGAAGGAGGAGGGUGUGGGCCACGACUUCAAGUGGCCCCUGUCCCAGAUCCGCGAGAUCCACCUGCGCAGGUACAACCUCCGGCGCUCCGCCCUGGAGAUCUUCCUCAUCGACCAGACCAACUACUUCCUGAACUUCAAGAAGGAGGUGAGGAACAAGGUGUACAGCAGGAUGCUGCUCCUGCGACCCCUCAGUCUGCACGGGACGCGCUCACCCCAGGAGCUGCUCAAGGCCUCGGGACUCACUCAGAAAUGGGUGAACCGAGAGAUCUCCAACUUUGACUACCUGAUUCAGCUGAACACCAUCGCUGGCCGGACCUACAACAACCUGGCUCAGUACCCAGUGUUCCCCUGGAUCCUGUCGGACUACACCUCCGAGGAACUGGACCUCUCUGACCCGCGGGUCUUCAGGGACCUGUCCAAGCCCGUGGCCGUUCUGAACGAGCGGAACGCCAAGGCUGUCAGAGAGAAGUAUGACACUUUCGAGGACCCCACAGGUACCAUCGACCGCUUCCACUACGGUACCCAUUACUCCAACGCAGCCGGGGUCAUGCACUACCUGAUCCGCGUGGAGCCCUUCACCUCGCUCCACAUCCAGCUGCAGAGCGGACGGUUCGACUGUGCUGACCGCCAGUUCCACUCCAUCCCGGCCACCUGGCAGACCCUCAUGGACAACCCCAACGACGUCAAGGAGCUCAUCCCCGAGUUCUUCUACUUCCCCGAGUUCUUAGAGAACCAGAAUGGCUUUGAUCUAGGUCGCCUCCAGAUCUCUAAGGAGAGGGUAAAUAAUGUGAUUCUGCCGAAAUGGGCCAAAUCUCCUGAGGACUUCAUCUACAAGCACAGGAAAGCCCUGGAGUCGGAGCACGUCUCGGCCCACCUCCAAGAGUGGAUUGAUCUGAUCUUCGGCUACAAGCAGAGGGGCCCUGCAGCGGUGGAGGCCCUCAAUGUGUUCUACUACUGCACCUACGAAGGGGCCGUGGAUCUGGACGCCAUCACGGACGAGAAGGAGCGCAAGGCCGUGGAGGGCAUGAUCAGCAACUUUGGCCAGACGCCCUGCCAGCUGCUCAAGGAGCCCCACCCCGUGCGUCUGACGCUGGAGGAGUCUGAGAAGAGAAAGGCUCGCCUGGACACAUCUCCCCUCAGCAUGUUUGAACACCUGACCGAGCUCAAGUCCUUCUUUGUCGAGGGGAUCAGUGACAACGUGGCCCUGGUGAAGGCCGUGGUCCCCAGGAACCAGUCCCACUCUUUCAUCACCCAGGGCAGCCCAGACACCAUGGUCACCCUAAGUCAGAACUACCUGAUGGGAACGCAUGGGUGGCUGCCAUACGACAAGAACAUCUCCAACUACUUCACCUUCAUCAAAGACCCCACCGUCGCCAACUCCAAGACCCAGAGGUUCCUGGGCGGGCCCUUCUCCCCGGGCGUGGAGGUGACGGCGGGCCUGUUCGUGGUCUCCCACGACGGGAAGCUGCUGUUCAGCGGGGGCCACUGGGACAACAGCCUGAGAGUCACCUCGCUGGUCAAGGGCAAGACCGUGGGACAGCACAUCAGACACAUGGACAUAGUGACCUGCCUGGCGACAGACCACUGUGGGAUCCACCUGAUCUCUGGAUCCAGAGACACCACCUGCAUGGUGUGGCAGGUGCUGCAGCAGGGCGGGGCUCCUGCGGGCCUGUGCCCCAAGCCUGUGCAGGUCCUGUACGGACACACGGACGAGGUGCUGAGCGUCAGCAUCAGCACAGAGCUGGACAUGGCCGUGUCCGGUUCCAGGGACGGCACGGUGAUCGUCCACGCGGUGGGGCGGGGUCAGUACUUGCGGAGCCUGCGUCCGCCAUGUGAGAGCUCCCUGCCCGCGUCCAUCCUGCACCUGGCCGUGUCCUGGGAGGGCCACCUGGUCGUCCACACCUGCGUGGAGGGCAAGGCCACGCUCAAGGAUAAGAAUGCCCUGCACCUGUACUCUGUCAAUGGGAAGCACCUGUGUACUGAGCCCCUGAAGGAGCAGGUGACAGACAUGUGUGUGUCUGGGGAGUACGUGGUCCUUGGCAGCGAGCAGGGCUACCUGUCUAUCAGAGACCUGUACAGCUUGGCGCUGUGCUCGGCGCCCAUGGCGAUGCGCGUGCCCGUGCGCUGCGUGUCGGUCACCAAGGAGCAGAGCCACGCCCUGGUGGGCCUGCAGGACGGGAAGCUCAUCAUCGUGGGCGUGGGCAAGCCGGCCGAGGUAAAGAACUCCCUGCGCAACUACAUCGCCCAAUCGCUGGAGGGCUCGCCCCUCAUGGCCUCGCCCCUGCUGGCGCCCCUCAGGGUGCGCUCGCCUGCGCGCCUGCUGCACCUGCGGGACAAGUUCAUGUUCAGCCCCUCAGAGUAACCCCCAACCCUAACCCCGCCCAGCCAUGAGCCAGCUCAGUCCUGAGCCUCGAAACAAGUGUACCCCAUCUAUGUCCUCUCAAUGUGAUGUGUAGCCUCAGUCAUUCUUAUUGAAAGCCCUUAACCUGCCCCUGGCUGUAAACCCACACACACUUCUUUUCCUCAGGUUGGUUCUGUCUAUCCCAUAAUGAGCAGUAUGAGUUUGUCCCCCCCCCCCCUCCGUCUUUAUCACCGAUAGACCUGACAUACACUGCUCCCCUAACAGUACAGUGAGAUGGAAACAUGUUGUGUUUACCUCAUUCCGCUGGGACACUAAUCAUAUUGACUCAUUUAUAGUCGUUGCCUUGGGGAUGGCGUUAUCCCAUGUUGUUUACCUGAAGUGUAAUUACUAUAAUCAUCGUCUGUCUGGAUUAUGUUGUAUGUAUUUGUAACCGACGCUGUGAAUAACCAACAAGCGACAGUCUCUGCAAAGCCAAGCCAUGAUAUCUACCGUAUCGUAGUCACAGUCCAUAUGCAAGUAACACCAGGAUCUAACUCCUUGCUCCCAAGUCAAGAUGUAUCAGCCAGGCUUGAUGGUCCGUAACACACUCAAACUUACAUUUGGCAGCUCCAGGAUCAGCCAGUACAGUUUACAGGAUAAGGACAUGUUUCCCGCCCAGCGACGGAAUGGCUUUAUGCACCCUGGCUUUCACCAUUUCUGUUUGAAAGUGACUCACUUGUAACCGACUUUGAGCUUUGAUUUGGAAUUGACUCACCUCACAAGCUCAAUCAAGCACUAACCAAUCACUCAUCAAUCAUCUCCCCUUUUUCCUCUUUCUUUUUCUUUUGACUUCACACUUUGGCUCUCUCCUCUUCUCCUGCAUCUCCUCCUCCUCUCUACCUCUUCACUUCUUCCUCUCCUUUUCUCUCCUCCACUCAUCUCCUCACUUCCUCCUCUCCCUCCUCUUCUCCUCCUCCUAUCCUCUCCCUCCUCUUCUCCUCCUCUCCUCACUUCUUCCUCUCCCUCCUCUCCUCCUCCCUCCUCUUCUCUUCCUCCUCUCCUCUCCUCCCUCCCUCCUCUUCUCCUCUCCUCCCUCCUCUCCUCUUCUCUUCUCCUCACCUCUUCCUCCUCUCCUCUCCUCUCAGAUGCGUUCGGGCCAGAUCACUCGUAAGCUGUGGGGCUCCAGUAAGCGCCUGACCCAGAUCUCCUCAGGAGAGACCGAGUACCACACCCGCAACCAGAACUGACCCGCCCCCGCCCUGUCAUACUCCAACCUCCUCCCACCCCCCGCCCCUGCCUGAGUGGCCCUGUCACUCACCACAUUCUGCCCAAUCAGAUUGGGUCAUGCCUCAUUCAAUUGACUGAUGACUGUUCCGAAACCUCCUCCUCUCUUCCCUUCUCUGACCUCUUCCAAAGAGCAGGAGUCUGCCAGGAAUAGGAAAGGUUUGCAUGUAAGUGUGUGUGUUUGUUUGUAUAUAUGUGUGUAUGUGUGUGUGUAAUCUUGUGCGUGUCAGGGUGUGUGUGCGUGCGGCUGUAUUGGAGCAGGUGAGGACAAACCGACCGGCGCGGGCGCUGAGGUUCUGACCCCCCACCCCCCUCCUGCCUCCUUCACCACCUCCACCUCCACCACCCCUUUUGUACUAUCACUUCCCAACCUGUCCGCACACACACUCUCUUCACCCCUCCACACUACCACUCAUGGUCACCUUUGUCCUUCUAGCACCUUCCUCCUGACCAUCAUCACCGUCACCUCUGGCCAGGUCAGAGGCUCUCACUGAGAAGCCAGGCCCUUAUCCAGAGACAAAACACCCACCCACACGCACACAGGUGCUGCAGUCCCCCUUCACCUCACAGGCCCUCACAGAGCCCUGCCUCUCCUGGUCCUCAAGCUAAAUUACUGGAGGAGGAUGUCCUGUGAGGUGAGGGUGUGUGUUUUGGCCCCCUGCAGUGUGUGCGCGUGCGUGCGUGUUUUUGUGGCACUAUCCGUGUUUGUUGUUUCACAUUGUGGCCUUUUUUUUGUUUUAGUUUUUUUUCCUUGGUUUGCCUUCCAGUCCUGCCGGCGGUCCGGUACAGCCUGGAGACAUGCCGCAGUAUGCAGUAGUAGGGUUGUGCUUAACCCUACUAGCCGGCUCUCUGGGUUCUCAGCCAUGUGUUUUGAUGUCGUUUUUUUUUUCUUUCUUUGUUUUGCUCUGUGUGUACUUCUGUUACUGGUGAAUAUAGGUUUGUCAUCACCAGUGUGUGCAUGUGUGUGUGUCUGGUGAGGUCUGUCGUAUUCACAUGGCAUUUUUGGCCACAGAUGAAACGACCGUAGCUUUUGUAGCCUGUGUCCUGUCGGUCAUCCCGUCUUCUUGGAUAGCGAGUCAUGAGAUGGGGAAACCACCGUUGGUGAGGCCGCAGAAUGAGAACACUCAUGGCGCACGUCAAAACCCGGCAUGUCUCACGGUAGCGCUCGGUCGCAGGCAGGCGCCCCCUCCGUGUGUUUUCAGAUAGCCGCUGGUGCGGUGGAACCACACGCUAGAGACGACUCGGUGCCGCUGCCGUCACUAUGGGCAGCACACAGGCCGUCGCUCACUGACACCAACACGACACUGUCAUAUACUGCGAGCCAAGCAGCAUAGAGGAUCACUACAUUUGUGUUGUCACCCGGAUGGGCAAGGCUAUGGUCGAACUCAGUAGAUUCAUCAAUGUUUCACAUGACUGUACUUGAAUCUAUGUUUAUUUAUGAAGAACGAUGGGUCGGUUUUGACAGUUGCGUGUGUUUGGUAGCUGCAUGCAAAUAUUUCUGUGGUGUACACCUCCUGACAAACUCUACUGACGGUUGGGACCAUCUACCCAAAACAGGUGGGGGGAUUUUUUUUAAGGGCUUUCUGAGAUGUCAGUGUUACAGCAAUACAGUACCUCCCUGUAGUGACUGAAUGGUACAUUCCAGCCUCUCUUACUGAGGCUGACCAACACAUUUGUCUUCCUAGUUUCUGAGAGGGACAAUAUGAUUGGAGGAUAAGACAGUCAGGUGUGUCCCAUGACUAUCAGCUGCCUUCAACUAUGACUACCACCUCUCAAGUGUUUCUCUCCUGACUCAUGAUUGGCCACAUGCUACCAUUUCUGAGUUUGAUUUUUGAGAGUACCAUUUAGUUUAGUUUUAUUACUAAAUAAACACACAUCCUACAGCGUAUGGCCUUGCGAGGUUUCAGUGCAUACUUAGUUGUGUGCGCUUGUGUUGGGUUUUAUGCCAAAUUCUUUAUCACAUUGUCGUUGUUUAUGAUGUCAGGAUGAACCAACGUUUAAGGCAAGGUGGUCCUGGUCUUUUAGAAUUUAGUGCAGCAUCUUGUCGCCAGUGACUCAAAGCCAGUUGUAGAUUCAGACAGCUGAUCAGUGGGGUUGUGUUUAAUUUAGCUUGUUGGUUGGUUUGUUCUUGUCUUUUAAAGUUUUUUUGGGGGGGGGGGGGGGAGAGAUGUUCAAAUGCAUACUUGAGGGUUUUUAAGGAUGUUUAAAGAGCCAUUGUUUGUCCAACCUAGUUUGUCUGUCAGACAAGACCACUGUCAAAAUGUUUUAAGACUUCCACCACUGAAACUAAUGGAGUGCCUUUGCCUUAUGUAACCCUGUAUCCUGUCAGGAUGUCAACCCUGCAGCAUUCCACAAUCAUACUCUAGUUUCUAUGGGAACCAAGAAUUAAGGACUUUGAAACAAAAUUGAAUAAAUCAGAAAAUACUAUUUUGUGUCUUAACUUAGCUGCUUUUUUCUGUGACUGUCACCAAAUUGAUGUGUGUAUAUCUGUGAUUAUUUAUAAUACAAAUAUAAUGUACA